UUUUUUCUCUUUACCCCCCCCCCUUUUUUUUCCCUUUUCUUCUUUUUUUUCUUUCUUUUAGUCCAUCACGGAGGAGUGCACGUUGUUCUUUUGGAGUCUGUCACCGAAGUCACCUGCAGUAUGAAGACCGUUGACCAGCAAAACGUUUUGUUGGACACCUUUAACCUGGUGAGAGGCCCCCGUCUGGGGCGUGGCGGCUCAGGAGAGGUUGUUUUGGCCUCGGCCAAACACGAUCCGUCUCUCAAAGUGGCCGUAAAGAUGGUUUCUUUGAAAAGAAAGUCAGGGGAAACAGAUUUUUUCAAUGAAGUUUCCUUCCUUCGGGAACUACGCCACCCCCACAUCCUAAAGAUGAUAGCCUUUGCCUGCGUUCCUCAACAUGGCCUCAUUUUGAUGACGUACUAUCAGAACGGGACACUUAGCAGUUUGAUAUUGUCAGAACCUCUGAAAGGACGACGGAUGCUAGGACACGUCCUUGAUGUGACCUGCGCAUUGGAGUAUCUCCACAACCGCUACAUCUACCACCAAGACGUGAAACCGUUGAACAUUUUGUUGGACAAUCAGGAUCGUGCCAUUCUCGGAGACUUCGGACACGCCAAACAAGCAAGAGAAAGUUCCGCCAAAGUGAGGGAGUGGGUGUCUACACCGGGCUUUUACGGCCCCGAGACGAGGAAAGGUCGGCCCAUGUGUCCUUUCAAGGUAAGAAUAUAGUUUUUUUUCAUUUUUGCUCUUGUCUAUCUUCUGCUCUCUCUCUCUAUGUAUCUCUCUCUCUCUCUCUCUCU